ACCUCCUACAAAUGGAAUUAUAGUGGAAAAUCAUACAGCCGAUGAAUGAAGAAACAGUAAAAUAAAAUUUCCCCAAAAGGAAAACCAGCAAGCUAAAAGCAAUUCCAAAUUAAUUUAAUAUCUCUGAACAUGUUACUUGGGUCACUUGCUUACAAGGACUAAAGUUUAUGGAAACUACGAUUAGGAUAUACCAGCUGACAUGGUCCAUGGCUUUUAAGGAAAAUGCAGAACCUGUAUUAAUAUUUACAGCAUUGAUUUCUGUUAUACAACCAUUAACUGCAGUCUAGUGAGCAGAAAGACUCUCAAAACCAAUUUAAAACUGUUAUGGGGGGACAUCAGAAUAGAUCUUUGAAGCCGAUCAGGUGGUGUCAAUUUAUGCUUUAUGCUACUUCAGGGAAUUUUUAAAAAAUGGUGCCAACCCCACCUCCCCCCCCAAGGAUAACAAACGAUGAACCACUUUCAAAGGUGCUGCUAUCCCCACUGGCUGCUUGAAACAGUAAAUUAACGUGUCUACACCAGAAUCUGGUCGGUAGAACUUUACCAGGCAAUUAAGUCUUUGGGGGUGUUCUGUGCUGGUGGUGUUUUUUAAACUGCUGCUGAUGUGCUGGAACAGAAAGAAAACUAAAAUAUUCUACAAGGCAGGAAACAGAUCGCAGUCAUUUCUGUGUUGCCAAGUGAAAACGCCUGUCAAAAUCCAUCAGCGACACCAUGUAUGAAAUUAUGACAAGCUGCUAUAGUGAGCUGCAAGGCCCUUGAGGCAACCAAAAUCAGAGCAAAACAAACUUCGAAGAAAAGGAUGUGUUUCUCUUCCUUCCCAGAAGCCAACAUGCCGUCUGAAUCUAACAUUACAGUUCGAGAUGCAAUCAGUGACGUUGACCCCAAUAUGUACCAGCCACUGUCUUACCCAUUAAGCUUUCAAGUUUCUCUCACUGGAUUUCUGAUGCUAGAAAUUGUUCUAGGACUUGGCAGCAACCUCACUGUAUUAGUACUUUAUUGUAUGAAAUCCAAUUUAAUCAACUCUGUCAGUAAUAUUAUUACAAUGAACCUUCAUGUUCUUGAUGUAAUAAUUUGUGUGGGAUGUAUUCCUCUGACCAUCGUUAUUCUUCUGCUCCCGCUGGAGAAUAAUUCUGCACUGAUCUGCUGCUUCCAUGAGGCUUGUGUGUCCUUUGCCAGCGUUUCCACUGCAAUCAACGUCUUUGCAAUCACUUUGGACCGAUACGAUAUCUCUGUGAAACCUGCAAAUCGGAUCUUGACUAUGGGAAGGGCUGUAAUACUCAUGACAUCAAUCUGGAUUGUUUCUUUUUUCUCAUUCUUGAUUCCAUUUAUUGAAGUAAACUUCUUCAGUUUUCACAGUGCCAACACUUGGGAAAAUAAGACGCUUCUGUGUGUCAGUGCCAAUGAAUACCACACAGAACUGGGCAUGUACUAUCAUCUUUUGGUACAAAUUCCCAUCUUCUUCUUCACUGUCGUAGUGAUGCUUAUUACAUACAGCAAAAUACUGCAGGCGCUUAAUAUCCGAAUAGGCACAAGAUUUUCCACAGGACAGAAGAAGAAAGCCAAAAAGAAGACCAUUUCCUUGGCUACACAACAGGAAACGACUGACGCAUCACAAGGCAGCGGAGGGAGAAAUGUAGUCUUUGGUGUUAGGACUUCUGUUUCUGUUAUAAUUGCUCUACGGCGGGCUGUAAAGCGGCAUCGUGAACGACGGGAAAGACAGAAGAGAGUCUUCCGAAUGUCGCUGUUAAUCAUUUCAACUUUUCUUCUCUGUUGGACACCAAUCACAGUUUUAAACACUAUCAUUUUAUGUUUGGGCCCAAGUGACCUUUUGGUAAAGUUGAGACUGUGUUUUCUAGUCAUGGCAUAUGGAACUACCAUCUUUCACCCUCUACUGUAUGCCUUCACCAGACAGAAAUUUCAGAAAGUUCUGAAAAGUAAAAUGAAAAAACGAGUUGUUUCAAUUGUGGAGGCGGACCCAAUUCCAAAUAGUGCUGUUAUACACAACUCAUGGAUUGAGCCUAAGAGAAACAAGGCCAUCACUUUUGAAGACAAUGAAGCAAGACAGAAGUGUUUAGUACCUCAAGUUGUCACAGACUAGAUUUCUGUAUCCACUGGAUUAUUUAAGAGGAAACAUCAAGAAUAAAUCACUGCUGCCAAAUAUAGAGAUUUAAAAAGGGAAGAAAAUAUAAGCCAGGCUGUAAUUGUUUGACAUGCAUUAGACAGACUAGACAUGUAUAUUUAUUUCCUCAUUAUUCAAGAUGUGUGUUGCAUGGCAGUUUGUU